AAGUACUCGUGUCUGAGCUUCUGACAGCGAUUGUGUACGCAUGUAAACGUUAAGAAAUAAAAUAAUUAUAUUCGUAUGUAGAAUAAUAAAUGUUAUCCGGUAAUUACGGCCUGAUAAUGUAAACCAUGAGAUGCAUAAAAUUGUGAAGUAAAAAUUGUGUUGCUAUCGAAAAAAGCAAAAAGUAGCGGUGAAAAAGCUCAGUAGUAGCAGUUUGACCUAACGAGUCAUCCAUGGCUUGAGGAAGCCAGCGAGUUUAUCCUAAAUAACAUCCACAAACAUCUAAACUUCUUUUUCUACAAGAGAUCUUAAAUUUUGUCCAGGAUGCACGCGGUUGGAUUGCAUUCGGCGCUGGCCAUCAAGCGUCAGAGAAAACGUCGGGAUGAACAACGACGUGCCCGCGAACGUCGUUACAGUACGCAAUCUGGCGAAAGUGGGCUAACAUCGCCAAGAGCUUCGACAGGUUCAUUGGACCGACAUCGUCAUCCACACAAGGCGCAACCACAUCAUGCUGCUGGUCAAGGAAUGUUGGACUCUAAAGUCGUCACAUCCAUUGGAAUGCUCCACAUUGGAGUAGUAUUUCUUGUUUUAGGUGGUUUUUUGCUUGGAAGUGGUUUACUACCUGGAGACUUGGCCAACUGGAGCUCCAAGAGUUCUGGUGGUUGGUGGAAUGAAUUGGUAGCAACUGGACUUUUUGCUGUAUUAGUUGGAAUAUUCCUUAUUGUGUUGAAUCGAAUUAUUGCCAAAAAAGAGGAAAAUGACUUGGAGGAGUAUGUCCAGAGACAAUUGACUAGAUCUAGGUCUGGUCACCGGUUAGAACGAGAUGUCGAAACUGGUGGAUUAACAACUCGGCAUGCUAGAAAAGCUAAACAGCUUAAGAAAAUGACUUCUUCUAAUUCAAUAGAAGUACAAAGUGAAAAGUCAUUAAGUACCCCACCACGUAGUCCACCACCUGCUUAUUCACCACCAGCAGUUGCCAAUGGUGAUCAUAAUGUCCAAGCAGCUCUUUUCUUGGAGCAAAUAACUGAAGAAGAAAUAAUAAGUGAUCGCCUUGAGACUUCAACAACAAACAGCUUAAGUCCUGGUUCUCCCAGUGAGACUCGAGAACUCUUACGUACCGAUUCUCGUUACAACAAGCAAAAUGGCCAUCACAACCCACAACAUAAUCAUUAUCAUCAUCAUCAUCAUCAUCAUCAAGAGGAACAUCAACCAAUUUACGUUAAUCCUGCGCGAACUUAAUUUCAUUUUGCAUCGAUCAAACUUAUUAAAAAUUCAAAUCUUCUAUAAUCGAAUUAAUUAUAGAAAUGAGGUGCUCUAAUUCAAGCCUAGUUAUGGCUAGGUAAUUUUUUUUAUACGGAUAUAUGUAUAUCUAUGAACUUGUAUUAAACUUAUUAUUGUUACCAAAGGUAUUUCAAGCAUUUACUGUGCUUUGUCAUGUACUUGAACACCGAAAUAAUGCAUGAUCUUGUAAGAAAUUUUAUAUGUUCAUAUUACAAAAAAUUCAUUCUUCUAUACUCGUUCAAAUUAGCGCUUACAUGAUGUAAUAUUCAUCUAUAAACUGUAAGGUAAUUAUUUAGAAUUGGGAUUUAUCUAUAUACAAAUAUUUGACAAUUUUUGCUAAUUAAUUAUAACGCUACAAAUGACAUUUUCAAAUGAGACAAGGUACGGAGAGUAAAUUUAAAAAAAAAUUAAUACAAUUUUUUUUCAUAAUUUCAAUAAUUUUCACUUAAUUGAGAACUUAAAAAUGGUACUAUUGAUAAAAAAAAAUCAUGAAAAGUAAUCUUUAAAAAAAAAAAAGUAAAAGAAUAAAAAGUAUGUCUUUUUAUUUGUGGGUUAAUUACCAGUUUUUAUACUCACUCCCUUCUUUUUUCGUUACUUAUGAUAAUUUUCAGUGGUAAUUUAUGUUUCGAGUAUUUUUAAAUACCAAGGGAAAAUCAAGGUAGCAUAAAAUGCUGACACACGAUGAGAAAUUAAAAAUUUCAUCAUUACUUGGGGCAGAAUAAGAUUUUUUUUUAGUACACUUCUUCAUUUAAAUAUUUAUUUUUAAUAAUCAAGAUAUAUUUGUUCAAGAAAAACUUAUUAGAGCACUAAUGAUUUUUUUAAACAAUCUUAAACUAGAUGAAUUUUCUAAGAUUUUGGUCAAUAAAAUAAUAGACUAUUAACUUUCUCAUGAAUUAAUAAGAUCUUAAAGAGAUUCUUUUUGUCCUGGUUUCUAUCAAUGAAUAAAAAGUUGAUAAUUAAUUUGUCUUGUUCGUAACUUGAUGCUUCUUUUAAAAUCAACAUCUUCUUUAAUCUCUUGAAUAACUUAAAGUCAACAAUAAAUUAAAAUCCUCAAUGAUAAUUACAUCUGGCAAAAAAAAAGAAUAUCUUACUUCGUCCCAAGCUAUCAGACAUCAUUUGAUAUUUCACUUCACCUUAGUUUUUUCUACAAAAAAAAACUCAUGGCCCUUAUUUCAAGUAAUUGUCAACAAUAAUUAAACCUUAAUUCAGCUUCUGAUGUAAUUUGAAAGUAUACUGAACAGAGCAUGAAAAGGGUUCCUAUUCUAAACUACCCUUAGCAAAAAAAUCUAUAAAUCACCAUUAAGACAACGUUGUUCAAGAUAAAAAUAACGUGAAAAAUCUUUGAACAUGGGUAUUCAAAAUGGUUAUUUUGAGAAGGGUUGUUUAACGUAGGUAUCAAAAAUAAGUUUCAGAAAAUAGAAAGGAUUAUUCAUAGAAUAUUAUGAUCUUCUUUAAAAGAAAGUAAUAUCGCUUUAAAAAUUCUGUUACUUACAUACAUGAUGAUGUAUGGUUAAAUUAAAACUAUAUAUAUAUGAAUGUAUGAAGACAUAAAUCAUCGCUGACAUAUCUAUGAUCUGUAUUUCAUAAAAAGAUUUUCUUCUAUUUUCUGUCGAAUAUUCAAAUCUUCUUUAUUCAAAAAAUAACCAUAAUAAUGUGUACAACAGACGACGUGAUUGACGGACCAAGGAUUUAAUACGUUGCCAAGAUUAUCAGUGCAGUAAACAUAUUAUAGAAAAGAAGAAAUUUAACGAAAUACGAAUAAUAAAUAUUUCAUCAAUUAAAAAUCAUCAAUGUAAUCUAUAGAAAUUUUAAGCAUUUUAAAAGUAUCAUUAAAUAACUCGUAACAAUUCAUUAUCGAAGUCAACAUACUCUUAAUGUGUACGAUAUGAUAUCUAUAUCAAUCAAUUUCUAAUAAAUUUUUCAGAAAUUGGCAAA